AUGCUUGGACUGAGAUGUAUAUAUGGGUAUUUAAUUAUUUAUUUAUUAUCUAAUCAUUUGAAAAGGUCAGUUUAUUCCUCUGAUCCAAAUAAUGCUGGAGAAGGUACUUCUAAUUCUACCCUAUUGGCAGGAAGUUCCUCUCAAGAAGGACCAAUAUCUCAAUCAGCUACUACCGACGAGAACUCACAACCUAACCAACCAAAAGCAGAAGAUGGUAAACCAAAAGAAGGCGAUUCCAAAGCCACUCCUGUCACGUCUGUCACCGUGAUCAAUCUUGAUAUCAACAUUAAUCAGACCACUGAUCAAUAUAACAUCAGUGACCAUAAUGGAGUCGUUAAAUUCACACCUAAGUAUAACCAUGUGUUCGGUAAGGUAGUGGAUGGUUCCAUCGAUAUUUGGAAAUCCAAAGGCGAUGUCUAUGUUUCUUUGGUAAUGACUAAGACUGUGGAUGGAUUUAAAUACCUAGCCAUAUUACUGGAUAAUAAUAUGUUCAAACUGUUCAAAUUGGACGGUAAUGAGUGGAAAGACAUAACUUCUACCAGACAUGACAUUACUAUGCUGAAGUUCAUUGGACAUAAUGAUGCUGAGAUCAAGGCAACCGAUUACAUAGUAUCCAUUUUUGAUCUUUCUUAUGAAUUCACAUUCAAGUCUGGUGUUAACUGUAGAAAGAUCAUGUAUGGUGAAGAUGACCUUUGGAAAUCUGGUGACGAUAAUAAGUUUUCAGAGAUAAAGUCACUAUCACUAAGUCUUAUUACUAACAUAUUCUUCGUAUCUAAUAAGGAGUUUGAAUCAAAGCAACUUACCAAAGCUAAGCUAACUCUUGACAUAGAUAAGACUGAGAGUACGAAUGAUUUCGAUUAUACUGAACAGAAUGGUGUUGUCACAUACACUCCCAAGGAUAGUCAUGUAUUCAACAAGAUAUCUCAAGGUACCAGGGUAGUCUGGGAAUCCAAGGAUAACCUAUGCGGUACUUUAGUAAGCACUAAGUCUGAAGAUAAUAAGAAAUACCUGGCCAUAUUACUGGAGAAUAAUAUGUUCUCAUUGUUCCAUCUAGAGAAUAACCAGUGGAACGAUAUAACUAAAGAUAAAUUGGAUAUUAAUAAACUUAAGUUCCUUGGUGACAGUGAUAGUGAGCUCAAGUCUUCUGACUUUAAAGUUAGUAUUGUUGAUCUAUCCUUUACCUACUUAUUCAAGUCUGGAGCCAAUUGUAGAAAGCUAACAUACAAUGAUGUUCCAAUGUGGAAACAUACUGAUGAUCCCAAGUUUGCUGAAAUAAAGUCAUUUUCAAUGGGACUUGCUUCUAACGAUUUCUUUGUAAAGAAUCAGUCUGAUGAAUCAAAGAAACUAGAUAUAAAGAUUAUUCUUGACUUAAACACUACUCAGUCCACCAGUGAGUUUGACUAUACUGAUGAAAGUGGAGUUGUUACUUAUAGUCCUAAGUAUAACCAUGUGUUCAGUAAGGUAACUCAAGGUACCAAUGUUGUCUGGGAGUCCAAGGAUGAUGCAUAUGUUACUUUGGUCAGGAAUAUGUUUAUUGAUGGUGUUAAAUACCUAGCUCUCCUACUGACAAAUAAUAAGUUCACAGUGUUCCAUCUGGAUGGUAAUGAGUGGAAGGAUGUAACAUCUAAGAGACAUGAUGUUACUAAACUUAAAUUCUUUGGAGAUAACGAUGUUGAGCUCUCCAGGACAGAUUAUACAGUUUCCAUUGUCGAUCUAUCAUUUGCUCACAUAUUCAAUGAUGGAGUCAUUUGUAGAAAGGUUAAGUUAGGUGGAGGUGAUGUUUGGAAGAAUAGUGACUACCCUAAGUUUGAAGAUAUAAAGUCAUUUCAACUCGAUCUUAUUACUAAUAGUUUCAUUGUUAAGAAUCAGUCUGAUCAGAUAAUGCAUAUAGGCGCCAAAAUCUCUCUUGAUAUUGAGAAGACUGAGUCCACUGAUGAUUAUGAAUACUUUAAGGAUGACGUUUGUCAUACAUACACUCCUAAGCCUGGUCAUAUAUUUAACAAGAUAUCUGAAGGUAAUAUUGAUGUCUGGGAAUCAAGUGAUUGUCUGUAUGGUACUUUGGUAAGGGCUAAGACUGUAUAUGAUUUUAAAUAUAUAGCCAUGCUACUCACAGAUAAUAGUUUCAAAGUAUUCAAACUUGACGGAGAUGAGUGGCAAGAUGUAACCAACCAGAGACGUGAUAUUACUAAGCUCAAAUUCUUAGGAGAGAACGAUACUGAGAUCAAGUCUUCAGAUUACUCAGUUACCAUUGUUGAUUACUCUUAUCAAUUCAUGUUUAAUGAAGAUAUUAACUGUAAGAAAAUCACAUAUUCUGAAGACGAGGUUUGGAAGCCUGGUGAUGAUCCUAAGUUUUCAGAGAUAAAGAAAUUUUCAUUAGGUCUUGCCUCAAACGCUUUUUUUGUCCUUAAUGCAUCUGAAUUUAAAAAAGUAGGUAUCAAGAUCUCUCUGGACCUAGAUAAGACUGAAACCACAGAAAAGUAUUACAUUAAUGAUCAGAACGGUGUCCUCACACUCACACCUAAUUCUGGAUAUCUGUUCAGCAAGGUAUCUCAGGGUACCACAGAUAUUUGGGAAUCCAAAGAUGAAGUCUUUGGUACUUUAGUAAGGACAAUGACUCUUGAUAACAAGAAAUUCCUAGCCAUAUUACUCGAUAAUAAUACUUUUACACUGUUCAAAGAGGAAUCUGAUGGUAACUGGAUUGAAAUAACCUCUGAUAGAUAUGAUGUUACUAAACUUAAAUUCUUUGGGGAAGGUGAUACUGAGCUCUCCAAGUCAGAUUACUCAGUAACCCUAAAGGAUCUAUCAUUUACAUACAUAUUUAAUUCUGGAGUCACCUGCAGAGCAGUUAAGUAUUCCGAUCUUGAUGUUUGGAACCACACUGAUGAUCCCAACUUUUCAGAAAUAAAGUCCCUUCACCUAGAUCUUUCUAGAAAUAAAUUCUAUGUUAAUAAUUCCUCAGAUGAGAAAAAAGAAGUAGAUAUCAAGGUUUCUGUUGACAUAGACAAGACUCAGAAUACUGAUCAUUUCGAUCACUCUAAAGAUGAUAAAUUUCAUACAUACACUCCUAAGUCUGACUAUGUAUUCAACAAGGUUACUAAGGGUACCACUCUGGUUUGGGAGACUAAGGAUGAUGUCAAUGGUACUUUGGUAGUGACUAAGGAUGAAAGUGGUUUAAUUGGCAAAAACAUACAUGUAGUCUUACUUCUUCAGAAUAAUAGUUUUAUACUACUUCAUAGCUCUGAUAAGGGUAAAAACUGGGAUGAUAUAACUUCUGAGAGACAUGAUGUUAAGAAGCUCAAAUUCCUUGGUGAUAACGAUGUUGAGCUCAAAGCAUCUGACUAUACAGUAAAAUUAGUUGACUACUCCUAUGCAUAUCAAUUCAACACCGGAGUCACAUGUAGAAAGGUAACAUACAAUAAUAUACCCAUUUGGAACCACACUGAUGAUACUAACUACUCAGAACUAAAGUCAUUAUCACUAGGUCUUAUUACUAAUAAAUUCUGUAUCACGAGUUCUUCUGAUCAGACUAAAGAACUUAAGGACAUUACAAUGUUCACUCUUGACAUAGAGAAGACUGAGAGUACGAGUGAGUUUGAAUAUACUGAACAGAAUGGUGUUGUCACAUACACUCCCAAAUCAAACCAUGUGUUUAACAAGGUAUCUCAGGGUAUCAAGGAUAUUUGGGAGUCCAAGGAUAAUGUCUAUGGCACUAUGGUUAUGACUAAGACUGGAGAUAAUGUUAAAUAUCUAUCCAUCCUUCUUCAGAAUAAUAUGUUCACACUAUUUCAUGAGGAAUCUGAUAAGUGGCAAGAUGUAACAUCUAAGAGACAUGACAUUACUAUGCUUAAGUUCAUUGGAGAUAAUGAUACAGAACUCAAGUCUUCUGAUUACAUAGUAACCAUUUUUGAUCUUUCUUAUGAAUUUAAGUUCAAAGAUGGAGUCAAUUGUAAGAAGAUCACUUAUGGUGAAGAUGACCUUUGGGAAAACACCGACGACGCUGAGUUUGCAACAAUAGAGAAGUUUCAUCUAGGUCUUAUUACUAACAAUUUCUUCGUCAAGAACUUUUCUGAUAAUACAAAAGAACUAGAAUUUAAACAGUCAGCUGAAUCUGAAUCUCAAUCAACUGAGGAAACAACCCCUAAACCAGCUGAAGGUGAGGAUGAGGAAGAAGAAGAUAAGGUUCCUGAAUUUAAACCUGAUGAAUUUAAACUAUUAACUACAGAUCAAUCUGGGCAAAUUGUAGAAUUGCCUGAAUCUGACUAUAUUCAUAACUCAGAUCGUGAUGAACACACAUAUGACCUUAACAAUAACGUCAAAUGUAAUGAAAUUAAGUAUGAAAACAAGACUGUAUGGAAACUUGAGACUGGUUCCGAAAAAUAUCCAUUGUACUUUACCUAUAAAAUCGAACAGUAUAAAUUCAUCGUUACAUUUGAAGAUAAAUUUGUUGUCUGUAAAUUUGAAGACGGUGAAUGGAAGGAAAAGGGACAUAGCUUGGAACAAGGAGAAGCACCUCCUGAAACCAAAGAAAUGACCAAAACAAAAACCACAGUAUUAGAUCUUAACAAUCUCAAAGAUGAUAAAAAUUAUGAUACUUUAGAGACCGGUAAUGUUCUCACUUUUACCCCUAAAGAUGAUGGUGAAUUUAGUGGAGUUAUAAGGACAACUGGAGAAGACAGAGUUACCUGGACUGUUAUUUGGCAAAUCCAAGGUGAAUUUGAACUUGCAAAAACCAUAUCAUUCGAAGAUUUUGGUAAGGGAAAACAAGUAUUGAUUUUGGAUACUAGAUCAGGAAAAAAGAUGUUAUACAGACCCAAAGAGGGUGAGUUUUGGAAAGAGGUUGCCGAACAACCUCAAAAUGCUUUUGAAACUGUUGGAGCAUUAAUAGUUCAAGGAGAAGCAAGUGUUGAUAUGUUCGAAGUGGAUAUCCUUAAAGAUUACAAGGAUACAAAAAAUUAUGUGUAUCAAGAAUUCGACACUGAAGAACAACCUAAAGCAGAAGAAAAGGCAAAAAUUGAAAAGGAUAGAAAAAGCUGGAAGAAGAAAGAUGAUGAUGAUGAUGAACAAGAACGUAGACCACCAAGGUACAAAUAUCAGAACUAUGCUGCAAAAGAAGGGAAAGGUAUCUCGAAUAUAAUAGAUCCCGACACUGCUAUAGAGCCUGAUGAUGAUGACGAAGAUGAUGAAGGAUUUGAUGGGUCUAUUUGGAGGCAAGUAAAUCCUAUGCAGUACGCCACCCAUGCCUCCUUUAGGUAUACACCUCAAAGAUGCUUAGCAAUUCUUCUUGAAUCUGCUAAUUUUCUUCUUUAUGAGGAGGAGGAAGAUGAAGAAAAAUUAACAGAAAUAACUUCAAAAUCUAGAACUGAAUUCUUCAAGUUGGCUCUUUACACCGUAGAAAAAGAAUCUAAUAAAUAUCUAAAAUUAAAAACAGAGAAUUACUCUAGAUCUCUUUUAAAUUUGUCAUACAUAUUUACAUUUGAUAAAGAUAUAGAGUGUCACCGAAUUACUCAUGAUGACAUAACAAUCUGGAGACAUGGUGUUGAUCCUAACUUUGGAACGCUAAAAUCCAUUUAUUUCCAUCUUCUUAAUUACAAUUUAUCUAUUGAAAACACUAAUGAUAAUAAAGUGGGUUUGGAUAUAGAUCAAGCAAAAAACUCUAAUCUAGAUGAUUCAGAUCCUAUAUUAGAAUCUAUUAAACAAACUCCAUCUGAUCCAACAGAAUCUACAGAAUCUACUCCUACUGAAGAAACUACUACAGAGGAAAUUACUGAACAAAAAGCAACUCCCAAAAAAGAGCCUAAAAAACAAUUAACUUUAGUUCAACUUGAUUUAAUCGAAAAUACUAGUUCUGACAACUUUAGAUAUGUAAAGAAAAAUGAAUUUGCUACAUAUAAGGCUAAACAUGGUUGUUUAUUUAACAAAGUGAUAAGAUCCGCGCCAUCUGCCUUUAGUAAAGAAGAAGUUGUUUGGGAAUCCAAGGAUUCUGAAAAAUAUGUCAAAAUGGUCAGGCUAAAAUUAUCAGAUAACCACAUAGCCUUGUUACUAAAUAACGGUGAAUUUCUUCUAUUUCAUAAAGAAUCUGACGAUAAAGAUUGGAAAGAUAUAACCAGUGAGAGACAUAAUUUUUCAGGAUUCAAGUUCUUCACAUUUGAUCAAUCUGGCAGUGAAUAUAAAGAAAUAGAUCCUAGUAGUUAUACUAUGGGUUUUAAUGAAUUUUCAUACGGUGUAUCUUUCAAUGUUGAGUUACAUCAAAUUAAACACAACGAUAAGCUGAUCUAUAAUUAUGAAUCUGAUGAAGAUUUCGGCUUAUUGAAGGGAGUUUAUCUUGGUCUGUCAUCAAAUAAGUUCUUCCUUACUAACUUAGAAGAAGAUAACAAAAGACUUGAUUUGGAUAAGGAAGUUAUACCUCCAAAACCUAAAUCUAAACCUACCGAAGAAACUAGAGAAACAGAUGAUCAAACUUCAACUGAUAUUGUCAUACAGGAAUUACCCGAACAAGAAUCAGAGAGUGAAAUUCCCUCAGCUGAACUUACCUCACUAGAUAUAAACGAUUCUAAUAAUACCCCCAAAUACCAAUUCUCUGACAAUGGAAUUUACAAAACCUUCACUGCACGACACGAAAACGGAUUUAAAGAUGUUAAAAUCGGCAAGAAAUCGAUUUGGAAAUCCGAUAAUGAUGAUUAUGCAAUUAAAGUUAGAUUAAAAGAAGCUUCUACUGGUGAAAAAUAUCUCCUCUUAUUAUUCGUUAGCAAAAAAUAUCAAUUUUUCUAUUCUGGAAAGAAGAAUUCACCCUUUGAAGAUAUUACCGACACUAAGCAUUCAUUUAGUGACAUAAAAUUGUUCUCUAAAAAUGAAACCACAAAUGCUUAUCAACAACUAGGCCCAAGUUCGUAUAAUAUAUCUCUAUAUCAUCUAUCACUUGGAUACAGAGCAAAAGAACGACAAAAGUUUCAUAUAGUUAAAUUAGGUAAUGUUGUAGUCUAUAAUUAUAAAGACGAUGUAAAUUUUGGUGAUCUGAGAGGAGCCUAUUUGGAUCUUAUAGAAAAUAAUUUGUAUGUUAUGAAUAUGAACGAUCAAACAAAGGUAGUAAAGGAAUUGUCCAGAUUAAAGGCAGCUACUAUAGACCUUAACAAGGCUGAAAGUACUGACCAAUUUCAUUGUACCAAAGAUGGUGAUCUUGUUACUUACACUUCAUUAGGUAAUACAUUGUUUGAUAAAUUAAUAAGAUCAUCAAGAUUGGGUUCAGAUGAAGUUAUUUGGAAAGUCAUCGACAAUAUAUAUGCUAAAAAAAUUGUAGUAGAUGGUCAAGGCAAGAAAGGUAGAAUCACCAAUACAAUUUUACACCUAGAGAAUGGCGAUAUUAAACAUCUAAAUUAUUUGGAUGGCAAAUGGAUUGAGGUUUCUAAUAAGAUAUCUAUUGAUAUUACUAAGAGUCAGAGCUCCAAUGUCUUUGAAUACUCAGUUGAUGGAGAAUUCAAAACUCUUAUUCCUAAAUCCAGCUUUCUAUUCAAUAGUUUAGUGGAAUCCGAUACCGCUGGAUUAGAGACAACAAUUUGGAAAACUACAAAUCCUAGUGAAUAUGUAAAUAAGUUAGUAUUAAAGGACUCCGGUAACAAAAAAUAUCUUGCCAUGUUUCGUGUGGACAACAAAUUUAUACUUUUACUCAAGAAUCCUAGUUCUCAGAAUUGGGAAGACAUCAGUAAUACAAGGCUUAAUCUUUCUGAUCUUAAGAUGUUUUAUUUCGAUAAUGAUACAACAGGUUAUCUACUCUUUAAAGAUGACCAAUUUUCUGUAUCACUUGAAAAGUUUUUAUACGGUUAUGAAUUUGAUGGUGAAACAAAAUGUCAUCUGGUUAAAUUUAGAGAUUCUGUUAUCUGGAAUCAUAGCGAUGAUCCCAAACAUGGAUCAUUAAAAUCUGUCGUUUUGAAUCUACUCAACAACAAGAUAACUAUUUCAACUCCUGAUGGAGAGUCAAAUGAAGUAAAUAUACCCGGUAUAAUUCCACCAUCUGAUAUUGAAGUAGAAUCCAAAGAAGAAUUUGAAGAUGAUGAUUCAAGUACAACAGACUCUACCCAGAUAUCCUCUGGACUAUCAGAACAGGAUGAAUCAUCAACUCAGAUUACUAUUCCGCCUGGAAAUUUAAUAGAAGUUGAUCUUAAAAACAUGGAGAGUGCUGACAAUUACGAGUAUAUAAAAAGUAAUGAUAAUCAUGUAUUUACAGCUAAAACAGGUUUCGGGUUUUCCAAAAUCAAAAAAGGUGAUCAUGUUCUGAAAGAGUGUGUCAGUCCUGAUUAUUAUUGUAAAGUUGUCGCAAACUAUGGUCAACACGACAAAAUUAUCUUAUAUGUAUAUAAAACUGAUAAAGACUUUGAUCUGUUACUUCUUGAUGAUCCAGAUUCAUCAUCUCGCGACAUUACCUCACUUCCAUCAGACACCUUUCAGACACUACAAGGAUCUAAAGUAGUUUCAGAACAACUUAAGCUUUUAGCUUCAAGUGAAGAUGGUCAAUCCAAGGAGCUAGACGGUAGUAAAUUAAUGAUUGAAAAACUGACACACUUGGUGAAUUACACUUUCGAACCAGAUACGAAAUGUUCAGAAAUUAAAUACAACGAGCAAACUGUAUGGAAAUAUGAUAAAUCCAUCCAUGGAAGGCAUUAUCUCACUAACAUGCUUCUGAACACAACCACUAGUUUUAUUUUGGUAGAGUCUCAAAAUCAUUAUCAAUAUUACUAUACCUAUAUUAAUGAUGAAUGGAGAUGUAUUUCUGGUUACAAAACUCAGGAUUUGCAACCACUCUAUUCUGAUAAAUUGAGAAUCUUCACACUAAAUCAGUUCGGUACACCAGUUAUGGAUGAUACCCAGUUUAAUAAAUCUGUAAAGGGUCCCAUCACAUCUUUUGCUCUUAAUCCAGGAUCCAAAUGUGUUCAUGUUAAAUAUGGUGAAGAAGAAGUCUGGUCAUAUAAUUAUAAAGAUCAUGAAGAUAAAUAUCCAACCUCAGUUAUUGUCAACAUAGAUGAAAAGACUGUCAUGGUAGAUUGUUCAGGAACUUAUCGUUAUCUAUUCUCAUAUUCUGCCGGUCAGUUUAGUUGUGUGUUCGCUUUCAAGUCACGUUUGAUAGAUCCAAUAGAUCCUGAAAAAAUAAAAUUCAUCACCACGGAUACCAGUGGAACCUACAUUGAGCUUGACAAAUCCAAAUAUGAUAUCGAAGAACCAGAUACUGAAUAUAAAUUUAAGUUCAAUGAUGUAAUCUGUAAGAAAAUAAUGUAUGGUGAUGACGAGGUUUGGAAGCCUAGUGAUGAUCAAGAGUUUUCAACGAUAAGGAAAUUUCGUCUUGGUCUUGUAUCAAACAGUUUCAGUGUCAUUAAUAAUAAAAAUGAAUCGAAAAAACUCGAUUUCAAACCAACUCCUGUAACGGAAACUACUUCAAUUGAAACUCCUGAAACUGAGGUUAUUCCACCUGAGACUAGACCUGAGACCAAACCCGCAGUCACAUCCGCUACCAAAGUCUCACUGGACAUCAAUGCUACUCAGUCCACCAGUGAGUUUGACUAUACUGAUGAAAGUGGAGUUGUUACUUAUAGUCCUAAGUAUAACCAUGUGUUCAGUAAGGUAACUCAAGGUACCAUUGUUAUUUGGGAGUCCACUGAUCUUUGUGUUACUUUGGUCAGGAAUAUGUUUAUUGAUGGUGUUAAAUACCUAGCUCUCCUACUGACAAAUAAUAGUUUCAAAGUGUUCCAUCUACUAGGUGAGUUCUAUGAUAUGACCUCCACCAUCUAUGAUAAUAUGUUCACACUAUUCCAAGAGGUUGGUGAGUGGAAGGAUAUCACUUCUACCAGACAUGAUGUUACUAUGCUUAAGUUCCUUGAUGAGAAUGAUACUGUCAUCACGUCGUCUGACUAUACAGUUAGUAUUGUUGACAACUCAUAUGAAUUCAAGUUUAAUGCUUAUCCAAAGUGUACCUGUAUUAAGUAUGAUAAUACAGAGGUUUGGAAACAUAAAAGUCAACAUAAAGAUAAGUAUCCAACUUCUGUUUCAUUUAACAAUCGGAACAGAAACUAUCUAGUUGUCGAGUCAUCUCGUAGUUAUCGUAACAUAUUUCAAUUCCAAAAUAACGAGUUUAAAUCAUUAGGUGCCAAUCAAAAAUUGAACUAUGAUCAUAAUUCCACAGGAGUCUUUGAUCCUGAUAAACUGAAGUUCAUGACUACAGAUCCGGACUCCGGUCAACUUGUUGAGCUUGAUUAUACCAAAUAUACUGUUGAAUCUCCAUCAUUUAUAACAUAUAAAUUUAAGGAUUCUGUCAAAUGUAAAGAGGUCGGGUAUGAAAAUCAGUCGGUGUGGAAAUAUGAUGAAAAUGAGCAUUCAGAUGAUUUUCCAACCACAGUUUCCAUCAAUUUAAAGAAAAGUUAUGUCAUUGUAGAUUCAUCCCAUUUCUAUAGAUAUGUAUAUUCAUAUUACGACAAGAAGUGGAAAGAGUUACCAUUCGGUUAUAAAACAAAUCCUUUGUCUGAUAAAUUUAAAUUGCUUACCAAUGAUCCCACUGACCAAAAUAAACUUGUUGAGCUUGACCCUUCUCAAUAUGAAAUCGAGUAUUCACAAGAUGUUCUUGCUAUUAAAUUUAACACCAACGCAAAGUGUACAUGCAUUAUGUAUGAUAAUAAAGAUGUAUGGAAAUAUAAACAAAACGAACAUGAAGAUAAAUAUCCAACUACCGCUGUUUUUAAUAAAAAGAAAAGUAUUGUCCUUGUCGAUUCAGGGCAUCACUACCGUUACUUAUAUAUAUACCAAAAUAAGGAGUGGAAACCACUACCUUAUGGUUAUACACUAAAGUUCCGUUCUUCUAAAACCCAAUUAUUUGACACUAAUAAGCUCCAGGUUUUCACAAUGGAUAAAAAUAAUACACUUGUUCUCAUGCCAAUAAAUGAGUAUGAUAAGGAAGAUAGACAGACUCUUGUUAAUUAUAUUUUUAGAUAUUCCAAAAAUUGUUACUGUGUAAAGUAUGACCAAAAAGUUGUAUGGGAAUACAAACUUGAUGAACAUGGAAAUAAUUAUCCAACAAUUUCUCUGAAUAAAAAGACAAAUAUUAUGUUGAUUGAAUCGGGACAUUAUUAUCGUUACAUGUUUCAAUUUGAAAACGGAGAGUGGAAAUUGUUACCAUUCAGCUAUAGGUUUAAUCCCAAGACAGAUUUAGCUGAUCCAGAAAAGAUUAAACUGUUGACCAAUGAUCCCUCUGACCAAAAUAAACUUGUUGAGCUUGAAAAAUCUAAAUAUGAAAGAGAAGAUACCGAUAAUGUUGUCACUUUCAAGAUUAAAGAUGGUGUUAAGUGUACAUGUAUAAUGUAUGACGACAAAGAUGUUUGGAAAUACAAUCCCGGUGAAAUUGGAGAUAAAUAUCCAACAACUCUUGUUAUUAAUAAAAAGAAGUAUUAUAUUACAGUUGAAUCUGGAAACGACUAUCGUUACCAAUUUCACUUCGAAAAUGGUUUGUGGAAAUUGCUACCCUUUGGAAACAAGUUCAAGUCUACUCAAAGUUAUACCUUUGAUUCGAAUAAAUUGAAACUUUUAUCUACAAACCUCAGCAAUAACCCUUUUGAACUCGACACAUCAAAUUAUGCUAUGACCCCAAAUGGAAAUAUACUUACAUACACCCUAAAUCCUGAUGUGAAAUGCACUGAAGUCAAGUAUGAUAAUAUUUCAGCAUGGAAUUAUGACGAUGAUGAACAUGAAAAUAACUAUCCAACUACCAUUAUUUUUAACAGAAACAACGGAUUUUUAAUUGUUGAGUCCAAGGACCACUAUGAAUCCUACUAUUCAUAUUAUGAUAAUAAGUGGCACUCAGUAUAUGGUUAUAAAGCUUCCAAGAUUACUAAAAAUAAGGAAUUCUAUAAACUAAAGCUUUAUGAAACUAAUGAUGACGGUUUGUUAGAGCCUAUCACUGGUUUCCAUGAGGAAAUUAUUGGACCAAUUAUUACCUGUAAUAUAUUCUACGGAGUUAAGUGUACCCAUGUUAAAUAUGACGAAAAGACUGCUUGGGUUUAUGAUUAUGAAAAACACAUGGAUCACUAUCCAACUUCCGUUGUUUUCAAUAUUACCAAUAGUACUAUUAAGGUAGAAUGUGAAGACAAGUAUGUAUACUUUUCCACAUUUAUUAAUGACGAAUGGAAACCUUUCAGUGGUUUCAGAACUCAAAGAACUAAUGCUCGACCUGAGGUCAAACUAUACCAAAAGGACAAAUCUGGAAAUUAUGCAUUUAUUAAUCCGUCUAAAUACAAUGUGAACUGGGACGGAGAAAAUGACGUUUAUGAAUAUGACCUGAAUAGCCUAAAUUGUGCUUUGCUCAAGCAUCAUGAAAAUACUGUAUGGAGUCAAAGAUCAGAUGAACAUCCUAAGUCAAUUACCUACAACAGUGAUCAGAGCAAGUUUGUCCUAAGGUUUGAUGAUCAAUAUAUUUUCUGCUCAUUUGAAGAGAAUCAUUGGAAGAAAAUGUCUCGUAGGUAUGGUACUCAAUCCACUAAAAAGCCAGAACAAAAUACUCCCACAGAAGACUCUACAGAAGCCGAAACUGAAGACUCAAAACAAGACGCUACUCAACCUGAAACUGAACAAGAAUCUACUCAAACUGAACAACAACCAAAAGAAACUGAAGCAACUAAAGAAUCUGCACAAACUGGAACUAAUGAACAAGAAACUGAAGAGGAAGUGCCUGAAGACCCUACAGAAACUGAAGACUCCAAACAAAAGCCUAAUCAACCUGAAUCUCAGCCUGAAACUGAAUCAACUAAUGAGCCCGCUCAAACUGAAACUGAAUCAACUAAUGAACAAGUGCCUGAAGACCAUACAUUACUCGAAGAAUCAACUACCUCUCCUGCUUUAUCUACAUCUGAUUAA